AGUGGUGGCGCCCGUGGUCCCAGCUCCUCGGGAGGCUGAGGCUGGGGGAUCCCUGGAGCCCGCGAGGCAGAGGCUGCAGUGAGCCGAGAUCGCGCCUUGCACUCCAGCGUGGGUAACAGAGCGAGACCCUGUCUCAGGAAAAAAAUACAAGUGGGGUUAUAAAUAAAAUGAGAUUAAAAACAACAGAUUUUUGCCUCAGAAUCCCGACCCACCGCAGCCCCAGCGAGGCGCAGGCGCAGGCGCGCGCUCGCUGGUUCCGCCCAUGCGCACAGGCAGGGAGCGCGCGCCCCCUCUGUAGCCUUCGGCCUCCGGGGGCUGCAGUUGCGCGGCUCGGCCACUGCGCGGCGGUGGCGUGCGCCUGGGCGGUGUCGCGGGCUGUGACGUCACGCCACGCGCCGGGGCCAGGAGGAGGCGGGCGCAGGAGGCGCGUGCUCAGUGUGCUGGGUACCAGGCGACUCCGGGACAGGGGGUCUCGGCCGUCGGCGUCAUGGUUUCGCGCGUGCAGCUCCCGCCUGAGAUCCAGCUGGCUCAGCGCCUGGCGGGGAAUGAGCAGGUGACCCGGGACCGGGCGGUGAGGAAGCUCCGGAAAUACAUCGUCGCCAGGACUCAGCGGGCCGCAGGUGGUUUUACGCACGAUGAGCUGCUGAAGGUGUGGAAAGGACUGUUUUAUUGCAUGUGGAUGCAGGACAAGCCACUCCUCCAGGAAGAAUUAGGAAGGACCAUUUCCCAACUCGUUCAUGCUUUUCAGACCACGGAGGCGCAGCACCUGUUCCUUCAGGCCUUCUGGCAGACCAUGAAUCGCGAGUGGACGGGCAUUGACAGGCUGCGCCUGGAUAAAUUCUACAUGCUCAUGCGGAUGGUCCUGAACGAGUCCUUGAAGGUUCUGAAGAUGCGAGGCUGGGAAGAAAGACAGAUCGAGGAGCUGCUAGAGCUGCUGAUGACUGAGAUCCUGCACCCCAGCAGCCAGGCCCCCAACGGGGUGAAGAGCCACUUCAUCGAGAUCUUCCUGGAGGAGCUGACCAAAGUGGGCGCCGAGGAGCUUACGGCAGACCAGAACCUAAAGUUCAUCGACCCCUUCUGCAGAAUCGCUGCCCGGACCAAGGAUUCCUUGGUUUUGAACAACAUCACUCGAGGCAUCUUUGAGACGAUUGUGGAGCAGGCCCCGCUUGCCAUUGAAGACCUGCUGAAUGAACUGGACACACAGGAUGAGGAGGUGGCGUCGGACAGUGAUGAGUCCUCUGAGGGCGGUGAGCGUGGAGAUGCGCUGUCCCAGAAGAGGUCUGAGAAGCCGCCCGCAGGCUCCAUCUGCAGGGCUGAACCUGAGGCUGGUGAGGAGCAGGCAGGUGACGACAGGGACAGUGGCGGCCCCGUCCUCCAGUUUGACUACGAGGCAGUUGCUAACAGACUGUUUGAAAUGGCCAGCCGCCAGAGCACCCCUUCUCAGAACAGAAAGCGUCUCUACAAAGUGAUCCGGAAGCUGCAGGACCUGGCAGGAGGCAUUUUCCCUGAAGAUGAGAUCCCAGAGAAGGCCUGCAGGUGUCUGCUUGAAGGGAGGCGGCAGAAGAAGACGAAGAAGCAGAAGCGUCUGCUCAGGUUGCAGCAGGAGAGAGCCCUCGCUGAGGUCCUGAGCCGUGUGGAUGGAGCUUGGCGCCCACACUGGACACGGGAUGCGUCUGGCUGGCUGUUGUGGCCGUGUUGUCCUCCCAGGGAAAGGUGAGAAGGAGCCCCCGAGCCCGGGCAUGGAGAGGAAGAGGAGCAGGAGGAGGGGUGUAGGGGCCGACCCCGAGGCGCGGGCAGAGGCUGGUGAGCAGCCAGGCACAGCUGAGCGGGCCCUGCUCCGAGAUCAGCCCAGGGGCCGUGGCCAGAGAGGGGCUCGCCAGAGAAGGAGGACACCUCGGCCCCUGACCAGUGCCCGAGCAAAGGCGGCCAAUGUCCAGGAGCCGGAGAAGAAGAAGAAACGCAGGGAGUGACGUGGCCGGGCCCAGGACAGGCAGGGAGGGAGGCCAGGCCUCGCUUGCACCGAGGGACGAGGCCGACCGGGCUGUUCUGUAGACUCAGGACCGUGGCUCCAGAACUCCUGUGCCAGGCGGGAGGGAAGGGCGGCACUGGAGAGAGGGGCCCGUCAUUAGGGGCCGGCAUCCCAGGAACCGGACCUCUCCCCAGAGCCUCCGCCUGUGGCUGUGAUGACCUUGGGCCAGAAGGUCAAACUCCGCAGACUGAAACUCCGCCUGCAGCAGGACUGGCCGCCCCCGCUGUGGGGGGUGCAGAAAAUAAAAUGCCGCGCAGCCCUUGCCAGGGAA